AAGCCUCUGAGCUGUUCAUUAACAGAGUCAAGCAGAGGUGGGAACGGCACCUAGGAAGCUCCAGGUGCCCGAUCCACUUGGGGAAAUCACUGCGGACCAGCGAGGCAAGAAGCCGGGUUUCUGCGCAAGAAAGAUCCUCAUUAGAAUCCAGCAUGUCAAAUUUUUCCUCAAGGAAAAAGUCUCCUUCUGGAAAUGAUAUGAAGAGCGCUCAGGGGGCUGCACUGAGACAACAGGGUUUCCAUGACGUGAACAAGAGAAGGGUGUUCUUACAGGAUAACAGCUGGAUAAAGAAACGCCCUGAGGAAGAAAAGGAUGAAAAUUACGGCAGGGUGGUGCUCAGCCGGCAUAACUCCCAUGAUGCCUUGGACAGGAAAAUAAGGGAGAGGGAUGAGCCGAAAGCCACAAUUAGCCGGUACAGAUCUGACGACACGCUGGACAGAACACUGACCACAUUUAGGACACCGGAACACGCGAAGACGCCAGAUGGCAGCUCCUCUAAUGCAAACACGACCACCACAGCUUCCACGCCUGCUACCACCCCUGUGAAGAAAAAGAGGCAGUCCUGGUUCCCACCCCCCCCUCCUGGUCACAGUGCCUCUCCAAGCGCAGGAGCCAGCAGAAGAGAUCCAUCUGUUCACCCUCCGAUACCUCCAAAACCCUGCUCUCCCAUCGCGUCUCCUAAGCAACCGAGGCAGAAUAACAGGCAGAUACAUGCCACAGCAGUUGCCGGUGGAGAAGCUAGUCGGCAUGCCGAGAGGAAUUUAAGGACUGAAGAUCUUGAUGACAUCAUCAGAGUGGCUGCUUCACUUCAGAAAACUGACAAGGGGGAAGAAAUGGACAACCUCGUCAGAAUGAACAAAAGCUUGAACAGAAAUCAAGGUCUCGAUGGCCUCUUCAGAACAAACCUAAAGGCACAGCAGAUAGACAAGAGAGCUCAGAGUCUUGAAAGUCUCAUCUUUAUGAACACCCAGACGGACAGAGACGUGAAAGGAAAUCAAUCCUUUGGAAGUCUUAAGAAAAUCAACCAAAGGACUAACAAUGAGAAAGGAAGUCAAGAGCUCAGAUCGGUUAUCAAAACAAAUGCCACGGCAGAUAGAAGCAGCAGAAGAGGUAAAGAGCUUGAAAAUGUGAAGAUCAACCCGGGAGGACAUGAAAAUACCACUGGAAAACAAGACCUCGAUGGACUGAUUAAAGGGAAUCCUGAAACAAAUAGUCCUGUGAAGAGGGGCCAGAGCCUUGACAAUCUGAUCAAAGUCACCCCAGAUGCAAACCGAAGUAACCAAGGGUGUCAAAGUCCUGAUAAUUUCAUCAAAGGGGUGCCCGCAACCGACCAAGCUAACCAAGGGAACCAAGACCUGGACACUCUUAUCAAGGUGACCCCCUCAGCAAACAAAAGCAAUCAGCACAGUCUUGAUGAACUUAUUCACACAAGCCCCAAAGCUGUCAAAACUACUGCCAGACACCAAGAUCUUGACAAGUUCAUCAAAGUAAAUCCUGAUGUCCUUACAAACAACCAAAGAAACAGCGGUCUGGAUGACAUUAUCGGAGGGAGUCGUACAGUGACCAGAAGUGAUCAAAGCCAAGACUUGGACAAUAUUAUUAAAGUGAAGCCUCCUGCUCUCAGAAACACAAAUGGAGACCGAGUCCUAGAAAAUUUAUCUGAAGUAAGUUCUCACAUAUCUGAAGACAAGAAUGGAAGGAUAGAUGGCCAAGUCAAUGGAUUCACUAACUCUCCAUUCAAGGAAUCCAUAGGAACAUCUGUCUAUUCUUAUGAAGCCAGGAACAGCCUCAGCCCCAGUUCCAGGACCAGGAAGGCUGGGUCCAAGAACACCGUUGUCUAUACGAGGACAUACGUGGAGAACAGUAAAUCGUCAAAGGAUGGAUAUCAGGAAAAUAUCUCAGGAAAAUAUAUACAAACUGUUUAUUCAACUUCAGAUAGGUCUGUCAUUGAAAGAGAUAUGUGUACUUACUGCCACAAACCCUUGGGGGCAGAAACCAAAAUGAUUUUAGAUGAAUUGCAAAUUUGCUGCCAUUCUACUUGCUUCAAGUGUGAGAUAUGCAAGCGGCCUUUGGAAAAUUUGCAAGCAGGUGACAGUAUUUGGAUUUAUCGGCAGACCAUUCACUGUGAGCCUUGCUACUCCAAAGUGAUGGCAAAAUGGAUUCAAUAAUGCUGACGCAAGGAAAUGAAGAGGAAAGCCUUCAUUAAAGAAUUUAAAGCUACAUUUUAAGAAUAUGUAAUCUAAGAAAGAGUUACAUUGAAGAUUAUUUCUUAUAUCAAAAUAACAUUUUUGUUGUUGCACAAAUAAUCUCAUUACUUUGAAUAAGGUCACAUACAUGAAAAGAACUAUCUGGUAUCUGGCAAGAUUUAGUGAUAAAAGGUCGACAUAAUUUCUAGUCACCAAAGCAAAUGGCAGUAAGAAUUGUCAACCCUAAUGAGGCCAUCCCUGCUCCAUUUUUGGCUGCUCAUCAUGGUUUCCACUAUAAUCAAGUUUCUCAUUUUCUCACCUAUCUUCCCUUAAUAAUUUGUAUUAGAGCAUUAUUGACACCCUGACAUAUAGGCUGAUGGAAGGAAGACAUCCUUUUUUCUACAAAAGAAAAUGUGCCUAGAAAUUUUCAUAUAAAGUUUUGCAGCAAGAUGUCAACUUCAGAAGUUGUUUGGACCAUAGAAAAUAACUUAAAGUUCUCAGUCUUCUGUGACAUUAUCUGUGACACCACAGACACCAGACAAAAUAAUUUCUAAGGUUCCCCCUCUGCUCUUCUCAUCCUCUGAUUCUGAAAGAAAAUUGAGUUUCCUGUUUAGAAAUAUGUUGGCAUGUUUGUUAGCUGUAUUGGGACUUAUAAGCAAUUCCACCUAAGUGUCAUCCUUCAGUUUCUCACAAGCAUAGCUUUUACAGACUAUUCCUAAAGCUGAAAUAAAUAUCUCUAUGGGUGAUAAGUAAACUCAUGUGACAUGUGUAAUGUGUUAAACUUUCUUUGCAUGCAUUUAAAAAUCUGGGUGUACGAAUAAUAUGAGCAGUGAUAGCUAUGGAUUAUAAAUGUGUUAUGUAUGUUCGUGUUAUAGUUUAUGCUUGCAGAAGGCUUAGAAUAAUAAAAUUAACUGUCAAUUUCUGUAAUGUUUGCAUAUCAUACAGUUUUUAUUUGGAAAGAGUUCCUUUGCUAAAGAAUUAGAAAUGCAAUAAUCAUACAAGAAAUCAUUAUUAGUGCUUACAUAGAAAAAUUAAACAUAGAAAGUAUGUGAUAGGCACAUGGCAACUUUUUCCUGAAGAAAGAAUGACUGGAAUGUUCUGGGACAGUCAAAUUCCCGGGCACUUGUAAGCAGUUAUGAGAAAACAAACAAGGGAAAUUAAAAGAUGACUGCAUGAUUUGCAACGUGAUAAAUUCAAAUAAUUAUUCUCCAGUGUAAUAAGUCUAUGCAUCUGCUCCUCUUAGACACUGGUCCACAAAGUGUUAAACACGAAAUGCUUAUCAAAAUUCAGCAGUGUAUAAUUGUCCUGUGGGGAGGGAGCCAGAAAAAACAAUUAAUAAUAAUUUGAUAUUCAUUAAUUCAUGCUUGAUGAGAAGCAGUGGUAAUUGAGCCAUAUGUUUUAUUGUUCUUUUAUUACAUGCUAUCAGAGUGGAUCAAAAGAAAUAAUUUUCUUAGAGUUGAAAUUGACUGCAGAAAGCAAGGAUUAAAUCGCCCUCGUCUGUCUUAAAAGUACAUUAGCAUUUCAAUGGCUUUGUAGUAAUUAAAAUCAUGUGAAUAUCAUUUAAAAAUAUAAAAAUCUGAAGAGAA